AUGCCAGGCGACGACAAGUCUGAGCCACCACCGCCGCCGCCAACCAUGGAGGGUCUGGCCGCCCUGAUGACCAAGCUGCUGAGCAGCAUGGCCGACAUGGAGAUGCGCAUGGAGACGCGCAUCACCUCUAUGGAGUCGCACCUUCAACCGCCGCUGACGUCGACCCCUGCGGCGUCCAUGCCCUAUAGGAUGCCAGGGUACGGAUCUACAACCCUGGCGAGUUCUUCAUCGACGGCCGCCGCCACGCUGUCCACGGCACCCCCAACAUCUUCGCCGACAUCCAGCGCGCCCUUCUCCUACGGGAUGCCGGGGUAUGGAUCUACUUCGCUGGGGAGCCCUUCCUUCACGGCCGCCGCCACCAUGGCCACGGCCGCCUUCCCGUCGUUCACCGCCCCCAGCCCCGUGCCAGGUUCCGCUGCAGAUGUGCGACUCCCAAAGACAAGAGCGUCUCCUGCAGCGAUUGUUCCAUCAUUCACCAAGGAUCUGUGCGCCGACAUAAGGGUUACAAUAGUCCAGAUACAAACUCCUCUCCAGGAGAUGAUACAACUUGAGCGAAAGAGAGAGGCGGUCGUGCACUUACAAGCGGCAACGCGCAAGUUCUUGGCGCGACGGCUCGUCCGUGUGAUGCGCAAGGAGCAACAGGACCAAGCGGCUUCAUUCAUCAAGGCGGCAGUGCGGCUGCAGGCUGCAGCACGCCGUCUCCUGGCGCGGAGACGGCUGCAGAAGAUGCGCUUGGAGAUGCAAGAGGCGGCUUUGACAGCGAUCGACCUCGGCAAUUGGGGGCGCGACCUUGUCCCGUCGUAA